GCCCACCAAUGGCGAUGGCAGAUGAUGAUAUAAAUAUGAGUUGCUAUAAAUAUGACUUAAGUUUAUAUAAUAUUUCAAGCUGUGGAGCGACAAUGGCAGAUGCACUAGUAUGCAACACAAUUCUCAAGAGUAAAGCUCUGCAACAGUACAUCUAUGAUGUGAGUACCAAAGGAAGAGAGCAUAAGCAACUCAAGGAAAUAAGAGAAGCCACCUGCAAAAAAUAUGACUGGGAGGCGAUGAUGGGAGUUCCUCCAGAUGAAGGGUUGUUUUUGUCCAUUCUUUUGAAACUAAUGAACGCGAAAAAGACAUUAGAAAUCGGAGUUUUCACUGGCUAUUCUCUCCUUACUACUGCCCUAGCAUUGCCUCAUGAUGGCAAGAUAACAGCAGUAGAUCCAAGUCGGGAGGCAUACGAAGUUGGGUUGCCAUUCAUUCGUGAGGCUGGCGUAGACCAUAAAAUCGACUUCAUCGAGUCAGAAGCCUUGCCUGUUUUAGAUGAGCUGCUAAAAAAUGGGGAGCAAUUUGAUUUCGUGUUUGUGGAUGCGGACAAACCAAACUACAAAAAUUACCAUGAAAAAUUGGUAAAACUUGUGAAGCUUGGAGGUGCAAUCGCGUACGAUAACACAUUAUGGCUAGGUGCUGUAGUAGAUAAAGAGGAAGACAUAAAAGCCAGAAGUCAUAUAACCAACAUGGAGGGAUUCCUUGGUUGCAGGCGCGCUAUGAUUGAUCUCAACAUCAGCCUAGCUUCGGACCCCAGGAUCGAGAUUUCGCAGAUUUCAAUUGGUGAUGGAGUCACUUUGUGCAGGCGCAUUGUCUGAUUAUCAGUUUGUUAAUUGUUUGGUGCUCGAUCGUGUGAGCAUAGCUCUUUUCCGAUUCAGUCGUGCUGUGUGUUCGUGUUAUCUUAUUCCCUAGUACUUUCAUUGUCUUGGUGAUUGUUCUGGGCUACGUGCAAAAGCAGUUAAAAUUAUCUAAUAAAUAUCUAUUGUGGGUAAA